AGCAACCGAAAUCCCCUCCCGACCUCCUCUCUCCCCGCGAUCCCCCACCCACCCACCCGCGUUGGAGGCGAUGGCGUCGGCGGCGGCGGAGAUGCAGCCGCUGGCCCCGGCGGGGUACCGCCGGGCGCCGGAGAUGAAGGAGAAGGUGGACGCCUCGGCCGUGGACCUGGAGGCCGGCAACGGGGAGACGCUGUACCCGGGGAUCUCGCGCGGCGAGAGCGCGCUCCGGUGGGGGUUCGUGCGCAAGGUGUACGGCAUCCUCGCCGCGCAGCUGCUCCUCACCACGGCCGUCUCCGCGCUCACCGUCCUCCACCCCACCCUCAACGCCACGCUCUCCUCCUCCCCGACCCUCGCGCUCGUGCUCGCCGUCCUCCCCUUCGUGCUGAUGGUGCCAUUGUAUCAUUAUCAGCACAAACACCCACACAAUUUUGUUUACCUGGGUCUGUUCACUUUGUGCUUGAGUUUCAGUAUUGGUGUGGCAUGUGCAAACACUCAAGGAAAAAUUGUGCUUGAGGCUUUAAUAUUGACCUCAGCUGUAGUCGCCUCUUUGACCGCGUAUACUUUCUGGGCUUCAAAGAAGGGGAAAGAAUUUGGUUAUCUUGGACCUAUUCUGUUUUCUGCUCUUAUUUUACUUAUCGUGAUAAGCUUUGUGCAGGUGUUCUUCCCAUUAGGUUCUGGAUCAGUUGCCUUGUUUGGUGGCCUUGGAGCUUUAGUUUUCUCAGGCUUCAUCAUCUACGACACGGAGAACUUGAUAAAGCGCCACACUUAUGAUGAUUACAUUUGGGCCUCAGUUGAGCUCUACCUUGACAUCCUCAACUUGUUCCUUUAUAUCCUAAACAUGAUCAGGAGCAUGCAAAGUGAUAACUAGUGAGUCCAGCGCCAACAAGUAUUGUGAACCCAUUCAGUGACGCCAGUGUCUCCUGCUCUAUGGAGUAUUUUGAACAGCAAUCCAUAUAACUCCGAAACAUUGUAAUCUACUUUGCUGUCGUAUGAUUGUCGUGUCGAAUGACGAGACUUAAGUACAAUAAAUGUAUAGUGGUAAUGUGAGUAUAGCAGUCAGAAGUCUGUGAUCCCAAAGAUUUGUGCCGUGGUGCCAAUACUUAUUACCUUGCGAUGUUUGUUACU